GGGAGGAGCAAGAGCCAGCUUCAGCUUAUAGAGUUCUGCAACCUUCAGUGUUGUGGCGCAACGGUACCAGUACCACGUCUAGUGUGAGACGUGUACCAAGCUUAGUGUACAGGAAAGAUUUACCUAACAGAAUCGUGUGAGCAUGGGGUUCCUAACUAGUUAAUGCUGGGUGUACCUGGUAAACUCACCUAGUGUACUCAUCGGAUAUACUCAUCUGAUGCAUUAGUGGACAGGUAUUUUUUUUCAAGAAUUGCAAGGAAAAAUUAUCAAAUGAAAACCCAGGAGAAUCGGAAAUUCCCAACAAGAACCGCGAAUUUGUGUAUAUAGGUGAGACUGGAGGUAGUGUAGACACAUUGACAAUCUCAAGAGGUGAUUUAUAUACGGGUGAGGCGAGUGUUGUGCAUCAUGGCCAGCACUGUGCCCCCGUGGGCAUCAACCUCAUACCAUGAAGGCAUGGAGAGGUCACUUCGCCUCGAGAGGCGAGCUAUGUCCUUCUCCUCAUUGGAGAACCAGGGUCGGCGCCACCAGUGGAGGAGUGGCAGCUCCACGCCUCCAUCCACGCCCUCCUUCACCCGCAGGUCCACGCCUUCCUACUCAUGCCACACCACGCCCACAGCUUCCCGUCGCAGCAGGCUCCUUGGGGUGCCGCGCCAGUCAACAGAAUCACUGCCGGAUUCCAGAUCGAGCAGCCGCGCCGGGACGCCGCUCCUCUCCUCCCGCCAGCGAAGUAGGAGUCGAUCUCCGCGUCCUCGCAUGGAGUCUGACGCCUUGGAAACCCCAGGAGUGCAGCAGGAAGCCAUCACCCGGGCCCUCCUCUACCCGUCCACCUUGCACCACAACCUGCGGGUAGUGGGUAUCCUAGUGGUGAUGGGGCACGUCUGCUACAAGACCCUUGUGCCCUGGCUCCUCACGCCUCUCCUCAAGAAGUUCUCACUGGACUGGACUGUUCAUUCUGUCGUCAUCAACAUACCUCCAAACUGAUCCUCUCGACUCAUCUUACAGAAAUUAUACUGACCUCUUCUUCGUCUCCAUGAGGAAGGAGAACGAAGACAUCUUGAGGGAGCUGCAGGCAGCCUCGUCAGGGGUCCACGGUAGCAACACCACCGUCCCUCCUAGUGACCCUUCAUCACAGCCACAUCGCACCUGAGGGCCCUCAGGUAUUCCACCUUCACCCGCGCCUCCUAGCACCUGAGGGCCCUCAGGUAUCCCACUUCUGAGGGUCCUUAGGUACCCCACAUCCAGGUGAACUACGCUCACCUAUUGACUCCUACUACUCAUCAAAUGUCUGGAGAAGCCAUAUCAAAUAUCAGAACCUCAGUAGGCCUACGUUCAUGUUCAGCCUACACACUGAGAGCAACAGUGCAUGUACAAUUGAAGGGGUUUAU